AUGAGAUUUCAUUUGCCACCGUUGACGCCUUUAUGGGUCACCAGAGGAGUCGUCGUACUCUACGUCUUCAUAUUCCUGGCCCUGGUCCGUGUACAUGAAGUUUUACCAUCUGCACCAAGCCAAGAGAAUGCUCUUCGUCAAGGAAUCAACCUUGAAGGCGCAUGGGACGACCUCCAAGUGAUUGCCCAGAAGCCGCAUCCAUACAACUCGCGAGAGAAUGUUCUUGUGCGAAACUACCUACUCGAUAGAGUGAAAGGCCUCGCGCGACAAUACACUAACAUUCACAUUUCCGACGAUCUCGUUAGUAACACUUCCUAUGUUGAAGCACAAAGGCUCGGUUACUACGUAGAAGGAUCGAACAUACUCGUCAAAGUCCUGGGUACGAAUGGAGCUUUACCAGCUGUCCUGUUCAGUGCUCAUUUCGACACUUCCGCAACUGCUCCUGGCAAGUUUGGCAUUCCUCCGCGUUUUAGUCUCAUGCAUCAUAUAGGGGCAACGGAUGAUGGCGUCGGCGUCGUCAGCCUGCUAUCUUUGAUUGAACAGUUCGCAAGUCAGCCACCUUUGCGCAAUACCAUCUUCAAUUUGAACAAUGCAGAAGAAGAAGGUCUAUGCGGAGCACAUGUGUUUCUGCAACAUCCAUGGGCACAGGAGGCUGAUUCCUUCUUGAAUAUUGAAGGUGCUGGUGCGGGCGGCCGCCCAAUUCUUUUCCGGGCAUCUAGCUCACAUCUUGUCCGUGCUUUCCAAGAAACCAGUCGGCCCCAUGGAACAGUUACCAGCUCAGACGCCUUUUCACUUGGCCUUAUUCGGUCCAUGACCGAUUUUGAGGUGUAUGCGGGGCCAGGAGGAAUGAAAGGGCUAGACGUUAGCUUCUACGUAAACCGUGACAAGUAUCACACUCCGCAGGACAACAUUGAGAAUCUUCAAGGACGGGCUCCGCUAUGGGCUGGUCUGAAGCUUGCUCGCGAUGUUGGGUAUCAAAUCGCAAACUCAGUUCCUGACAAACAAGACGAGAAAGCCGUUUACUGGGAUAUCCUCGGUCGCUAUAUGGCCGUCAUAGACUUUUCGACCUUCAUUGCGGGGAUUCCUACCCUCAUCAUGAUCAUGACCGGCAUAGUCGUCCUACUUGCUGGCAACCUUUGGUACAAAGGUCACACUGCAAUUUACAGCUCCGAGUGGGCAUACUUUCCUUGGGUGCUCAUGGUUGCAACCCUUUGGUCCUUGUUCUUCACUUCUGCAUUGUCCUGGUUAAAUCCCUCGGUCAUUUACUCUUCACCAUAUCCUGUGAUAGUCUGUAUCGCAUGCUCUAUCCUACUCUCCCUGCAUUUCCCACUGCACCUGAUCGGUUCAAGUGUCAAGUCGAGUCCCAACUCUCACAAAACUCUCAUCCUCAGCCAGUUGGUUAUAUUCGCUGCGAUUACUCUCCUCGGAUACCACUGGGUACUCUCGAAGUCCGCUUUUGGGGGCUUUUAUUUUGUAGAGUUUCUCUACGCAGGAGCUACAUCUGCCUUGAUCCUCGACCUCGGCUCUCGGACCUGGGCAAGUUACAGGGGCUCACGUAUCACACGAUUGGCGUCGCCUCGCACCACAGACGAAGCAGAAGAGCCAUUGCUCGAAAUGUCGUCACGAGGUGAGGCCGUGCGUCGUGCUAGGCCGGCAAUGUACACGCCACAUCACCAAGGUCAUGCCUGGGUUCUAGAAUUUCUUGUCCUAUCCGUACCCAUCGCCAUCAUGACCCUCCAACUGGUCCUCGUCCUUGCUGCUGGACUGGGACAAACAUUGGCUGACGGAAGUCCGCCGUUGAUGGUUUACGCUGGAAUCACAGUUCUGACAUUCUUCGCCCUCCUGCCAAUAGCACCGUUUGCUCACCUGUUGAACCGGCUCUUCUUCAUCUUCGUCGCAGGUUUAUUCGUGACUACAUUCUUUUACAACAUCCUCGCUUUCCCAUUCUCGUACAAUCGACGCAUCAAGUUUUUCUACCGACAACAUCUCAAUCUUGACAACGGCCGCAACACAGUCGAGCUCCUCGGACUGCAACCAGCUCUUCGAGAUGCGACAUUCAGAAUCCCUUCGGUUCGAACCCGCACAGCGAACGUCACUUGGGGCAAGGAUCCAGAUCGUGGUCUCCCAUCCAUCACCUGGCAAAGUCAUUCACCGCAGCUCGUGCCAUUUACACCACACAUUACACCACUAUCCAUGCUCGAUGAGCUUGUGUUGUCAUCAGCCACGCGAAUUGACGCCGAUAGCGCGGUUUUCACCGUCAAGGGCAAAGACACCAAGUCGUGUGUGCUCCAAUUCGACCAAAACAUCAUCGAUGUUCGCGUCCAUCGCCGUGAUCUUGUUCAUGCGGACGCCCACGGUUGGAGCGGGACCGUCAUCCAAAAGGAAGGUCCAUAUGCAAUCCCAAGCCAUGGUAUUCCGAUGAUCAAGCUCUACGGAAGGGAAUGGGGGGCAGAGUUUGAAGUUACGGUUCGGUGGAAUUCGACGGACGAGAGUCAAGGGCGACACAAAGGUUGGAGAUCCUUCCUCUUUAGUCGCGGGAGUGCAAGGUGGCCAAAGCGAACAGGACGUAUCGGAUGCCAAUGGCAAGAAAACGUUGACGGCCGCUUCCCAGCGUUGGACGAACUAUAUGAGCAUCUCCCAGACUGGGCUACACUCACUGUUAAGAAGCCGUUCCUUCUCGCUGAUCGAGCGUUUUCAAUCUGA